AUGACUACAGACCGAUUCCACAAGGCUGCUAAGGAUGGCCUGUUGGACGUGUUGCGGGAGGCCACGAGGAAAGAGUGCAACAACAAGGAUGAGUCGGGAAUGACGCCCACGCUAUGGGCUGCCUUCGAAGGUCACAUAGAGGCGCUGCGGCUGCUGUGUGGAAGGGGCGGGGAGCCCGACAAGGCGGACUACUUCGGCAACACGGCCCUGCACCUCGCCGCCGCGAGAGGUCACAAGGAGUGCGUGACCUUCUUGGUCAAUUUCGGCGCGAACGUCUACGCGAUGGACGUGGAUGGCCACACGGCCCAAGAGCUGGCGGCGAUUAACGGCCGCGACGACAUUCUGCGCUUCCUCGACCAGGUCACUGGGAAACUGGAGAACACCGACAAAAAGAAGGCGAAAUCGCUGAAAGAGAAGGCGAGAAAAGACCACGAGAAGAUGCAGAAGCAGUACGCCAAGAGGCAGAGCAAGGCGGAGGUGAUGGCCGAGAAGGAGUUGAAGAAGCUCGCCAAGGAAUGGGAGCAGGGCUACACGGAAGAAGUGUCCACGAUGCCCCACAGGCCCAGCAACGUGCUGAUGGCGAUAAAACAGAAGAUGACGAGAUCGACUAGUCAAGGAAACCUACUGGCGGACGACCAGCCCAGGCCAACGUACAGCGCUCUAGUGGGCACCGUCAAUUCUGGAGCGAGGGGCCGCGGCGCGGUAUACAAGAAGGCGCUCGCCAGCAAGCUCAGGAACGGCACCUUGACCAGGAGUGGCAACGCUAAUAGUGACGACUUCAAGGUCGGCGAGGUGGAGAGGACGGGGCGGCGUUCGGUGACGUCACUGAGCGGGCUGCGCCGCGAUUCCGAGGUCAUGUACGUGGGCACGUUCGGCGCGGGGCCGCAGCAGCGCGCCAACGUGGCCGACGUGUUCCCGGAAACCGAGCACAAGAGGACGCUCACCAGGUCAGCGAGCCAGCCUGAUUUUCUGGCGGCGCAAGGCGAAGACAGCGGUAUCGGCCAGGAGGUUCUACUUCAAGAACCCGCCAGCAUAUUCGACAGGCCGGGAUUUGGAAGCGUGGCAUUCAGGCGGUCGAUAACAGCGACCUUGAGUGCCCUGCCAACCCCUUGUGGGCCUGGUGCGGGCGGGCCGGGUGAGGAUCUAUCUAUUGGAUCGGCGGGCUCCCUUGCUCGUCACGCCUACCAGCCCGCAGAGUGGAACUCCGCCCAUUCAGGAAGCUCGACAAUAACAUCUGACGAGGAGGGCGAGGUGGAGGAAUCUGGGUAUGCUUCCCUCGAGAGGUUCCUGAUCGCGUGGGGCCUCUCCCAGUACGUGCAGAAGUUCAAGGACGAGCAGAUAGACCUGGACGCCCUCAUGCUGCUGACCGAAAGCGACCUGAAGUCCCUCGGCCUGCCACUGGGCCCCUACAGGAAAUUGGUGACAGCGGUGCAGGAGAGGAAACAAGCCCUCUCCCAUCCCGGACCAAUAAUAGAUACAGCCAUC